AUGGGCCACAGGCCACCCCCCUUGGAGGUGGAGCUCUCCGAGAUCAUCCUGGUCAGGAACGAGGUGAACUACGCGCUCAACAACCUGUCCAGCUGGAUGAAGGACGAGUUUGUGGAGAAGAACCUGGUGACUCAGCUGGACACGGCCUUCAUCCACAAGGAGCCCUAUGGAGUGGUGCUGAUCAUUGGGCCCUGGAACUACCCCUUGAACCUCAUCCUGGUGCCCCUGAUCGGGGCCAUCGCUGCUGGGAACUGUGUCAUCAUCAAACCCUCCGAGAUCAGCAGCAGCACCGAGAAGCUCCUGGCUGAGACGCUGCCCAACUACCUGGACAAGGACUGCUUUGCCGUGGUCACUGGGGGCCCUGCGGAGACCACCCAGCUGCUGGAGAACAAGUUCGACUACAUCUUCUUCACUGGUAUGUCCCAACCCCCCUUGGAGGUGGAGCUCUCCGAGAUCAUCCUGGUCAGGAACGAGGUGAACUACGCGCUCAACAACCUGUCCAGCUGGAUGAAGGACGAGUUUGUGGAGAAGAAUCUGGUGACUCAGCUGGACACGGCUUUCAUCCACAAGGAGCCCUAUGGAGUGGUGCUGAUCAUCGGGCCCUGGAACUACCCCUUGAACCUCAUCCUGGUGCCCCUGAUCGGGGCCAUCGCUGCUGGGAACUGUGUCAUCAUCAAACCCUCCGAGAUCAGCAGCAGCACCGAGAAGCUCCUGGCUGAGACGCUGCCCAGCUACCUGGACAAGGACUGCUUUGCUGUGGUCACCGGGGGCCCUGCGGAGACCACCCAGCUGCUGGAGAACAAGUUCGACUACAUCUUCUUCACUGCCCCCACGGUGCUGGCGGACGUGCAGCCGUCGGAGCCUGCCAUGCAGGAGGAGAUCUUCGGGCCCGUCCUGCCCAUCGUCACCGUGCCCAACGUGGACGAAGCCAUCGCCUUCAUCAACAGCCAGGAGCGGCCGCUGGCCGUGUACGUCUUCGCCUCCGACAGCAAGCUGGUGCGUCAGGUGCUGGAGCGGACGAGCAGCGGCGGUUUUGGUGCCAACGACCCCAUGAUGCAAACGACGCUAAUCUCGCUGCCCUUCGGUGGGAUUGGGAACAGCGGCCUGGGCUCGUACCACGGCAAGUUCAACUUCGACACCUUCUCUCACCACCGCGCCUGCCUCCUGCGCAGCAUGGGCCUGGAGCCCAUGAACUCCCUGCGCUACCCACCCUACAGCGAGCGCAAAAUGGGGCUGGUGACUUCUGCCUUCGAGAUCAAGCGCAAGGGCACCUGCACCCUGCUGUGACGGGAGGGCCGGCCCAGCCCAGCCCAACCACCCAGCACCACACAACCUACUUGCUGCCUGACGGCCUUGGGGGAAGAAGGCCUGGCUGACCUUAGGAGGCCCCCUCCAAAGGGGGUUAAAUACCCUUCCUCCGACUCUUUCAUCUUCCUGGGGAGAGGGGCACCGCUUCCUCCAUCCCAUCCCUGGGAGCUCCUGCCCGUCCUAGCCCAGCCUCUUGCUUCCCCAUCUCCAGCUGCUUGGGUGGUGGGGAGAGAGCAUCCCCCAGGGAGACAGAUGCUGGGAGGGGGGAAAUGCCAAGGGGGCUGCCCAGGAAUGACCCCCCCCAACCAGGAGACAUGUGGGCCCUGUAAUCCCAGUGGUGCCCUCCCACACUGGUGCCCCCACAGGCUGCUGCUGUGUUGCCCAGGAAGGGCAGUGCCAUCCUCCCAUGGCGUGCUGGGGGAAGGCAGGUGUCCUGGAGCCGAAGGACCCUGCUCCGAGGGGGACGAGGGCCGAAGGGGCAGUAAGGGCAGCCUGCGACCCAGCCUGCUCUCAGGGAAUCACUCCUGCCUCAGCUGUGCUGGCUUAGUCUCAUUCUCCCAUCAUGCUCUCUGCUCUCCGCCCAUCGCUGCCUGUGCCCCCUGCUCUGUGCUUUGCCCUGCGUAGAUUUUGGUUUAGUAAAGACUUGGUGUUGAACUCGCCUGCCUGGCCUGGUCCUGCAGGGCCUUCGCCCUCCCUGGCUCUGGCCCAGCGGGCAGCAUGGGUGGGGCUGGGGUGAGGCUCCCAGAGAGGGGACUAGGCACAGCAGACAGAUCGGCCAGGGUGUGCCCCCCACCCCCAUCUUCUCCCUGCUGUCAAGGAGCAGCUUGUGGGAGAAUGAAAGAUGGGGAGCACUAGCCGGGAGGAGCCUGC